AUGGUUUGCGUAUCCGAGUGUACACUUCCCAAGGCAGGCCUCGAAUACACUGAUGAGAGCAAGGAUUUUGUAUUCUUCAGGUUGGGAGAUAAGAAGCAGGCAAACUCUGUCAAGUUUACAUUUGUGGGGCAGAAGGUUUUUAAAACAAACCAAUUGGCUGAAUUCAAUCUCUCUGAUGAGGGGACCAAAAAGAAAGAUUCACAAACGUUAAUAACAAGACCGCGUAACUGUUUCAUUAUCAUGCGUACUUUGAUUCAUAAUGUUAUUAUCCGCUGUCUCGAAAAGUGUGGCAUAUCUUCGUUGAAACAUGUAUCUGCAAUCACUUCACAACUAUGGGGGAAGAAUGAUGGAAUAUUUCAGCUAUACUUUGAGCUUCUUUCACAAUUUGAAGAGCACUGGCAUCUAAACAUUUAUCCUGAGUAUCGUUACCAUAAGGUCAAUAAAAUAAGUCGGCAACUGGAAAAUAAGCUCGUGUAUCAGAAUAUGUUAAAUCGAAUGCGCUAUUUUACAGCUUCUUCGCUGUUAUCUAAAUUGGAAGGUAUUUUAACAUUCCCGGUUGCGUCUGCCGCGGAUACUGCUGUUGAUGCCACUGCUGCUGCGGAGAUCCCCACUGCGGCUGAACCGUUCAGUUCCACCUAUACCUAUUUUUCAUUGUCAUUCCAUCAAAGCGGCGUAAAGCAUCAAUACCAUCCUCGCCAACAACACCGCCAGGUGAUAAAUAGUACGGUUCGGGUCGGGAAGACCCAACAACAAGAUUUCGCAAGUCCUCAAGAGCGGAAAUCCUUUGACGCUCUCCACAACAAGCGUCCAAGAGCUGAUAGCGUCGAUGAUGGCAAAUUGAACCGGAAGAAUAGGUGUACGGCCGUUACACAAGAAACCCUGUGUGAUCGUAUCAAAUUCGGCCUUCCCAAGAGAAAUUACCGCUCUCUCUUGUCACUGAAGAGAGCUAGAAAAUCCAACACCUCAAGAUCUAAGGAAUCAUUAAACCAAGAACAGAAUGCUUUGAAGACUGUAACUACAUCCGCACAAACAGAUCCUACCGAUUCUACAAGAAAGUGCUCCGCGCUUUUUAGCCAUGGAAGAAUACCUGUCUCCCAACAAACCUUCUUCAAGUCCAUGCCUUUCAAAGACGUUCAAAGUACCAGCGUUCCUUCUACGAUGGCCUCUUCAACCCAACUCCCCGGAAGUAACGUGAAUAGCCUGCGUAAAAAUCCCAAAAGGGUUUAUUCAAAGCCUCAGUGUAUGGUGGGGUCUAAACAACGUCUGGACGUUCAAGACCUUUACCUAGAGAAGAAACCCAUCAUUGUAUUAUCUUCCGAUCAGCCGUACAAUGACUAA